CCAGCAGAGACCAGAUUCUCUCUACAGAGAUCUCCACAGCACAGAGAUCCAGGCAUGGCACCUAAAAUCCCUGCAGCACUUAACAGUUCUGAGGAGCAUCUGACUCUGACUCACAAGCUCAGAAAGCCUCUUGUGGAGAAGUUACGCAGAGAGCGAAUCAACUCCUGCAUUGAGCAGCUCAAGUCUCUCCUGGGUCCAGAGUUCCUCAAACAGCAGCCAGACUCCAAACUGGAGAAGGCAGACAUCCUGGAGAUGACUGUUUGCUUCCUGACACAGCUACAGCAGCAGAGAAACCUGUUGACGCACUGCAACAAGCUGCAGACUGCCUCUGAUGAGAAGCUGAAAGAGGCUGACUUCUCUCCUCUGAGCUCCACAGUCCAGAACAUGAUCACCAAAAACAAAUGUCCAAUCAACAGCGCCCUCUGGAGGCCAUGGUAGACACUACAAACUGGAGUUAAUACCAAGAAAAAAAGACCAUAUUGGUCAAACGUGACAGGACUGAAUUAUUUGAACUUUCUGUGUUCUUGUGUGUGUGCAAAACGACAUUUCCUGAGGAAAUGACAGCAAUAGAGCCUUUCGUGUUAAGGAAGAAAAGAUCUUGUCAUGCAUGUAGCAUGAAUGAAAUCUGAUUGCAUCAGCGAUUAUUAUCAAUGCCUAAUGUACGUGUUAUAGUAACAUAGUUGUAUAUAUAGUACUAUAGUUUUUGUCUGUUUUUUUUCUGUGCAAGUUGACAUUUCCUGAGGAAA